UUCAAGUGUUUGUUUUUCUUCUCUCGUUUUUCGUGUCUCACAGUUUCCCUUGCAAUAUACUUGUGCCGUCGAUCGAACACUCCGUCUUUUGCCUAUCGUAUCAACUCACCCGACGCCUCUCAACUCCCCUAUCUCGUCUGUAAGUAUUUACUUGUGUGAGUCAUCAACGACGCGACACGACAACGUGACAGGCAAGCAAGAAUCAGAUGCUUCUGAUCGUUUAUCUCCUCAUAUCGGCUUUACACACCGAAGCGUCGCCGCUUCGCUUUCUCUCCGACCUCUCCGACUCUGUUGUCAUACUCCACACCAGCGUCUCAUUUCAUUGUCACGCCGACAACGACGGAACGUCGGAAAUCGACGUGCGCUGGUCUGUAGACGACGCGGAGAUCAACAAUUCGAGCGAGCAUCGAAUAUUGAAUAAUGGCACUCUGCGUUAUCCGAGAAUUAGCUUCCCUGGGGUUGUGGUCUCGUCGUCUUCUGUCUACAGAUUGAGGUGUCGGGCGUCGGAUGUGAGUGGGAGUAUUAUUAGCAGGGAGGCGAAGGUGGAGUUUGCGUAUCUUGCAGACUAUUCCUCAUCUGCCAGGUCUACUUCAAAAGAAAUUGUCAAGAACAACACGGUCUAUCUCGAAUGCCCCACCCCAUUCCCAAAAAGCAUUCCACCAGCUCGAGUAAUAUGGAAGAAAGACGGCAAGAAAUUUGAUGGUGGACUUGAUCUUGGUCCUCACACAACCACCUUACAGAUACCAUCAGCAAAUGCAAGCCUAGCUGGUUCGUACACUUGUAAGUUUCGAAAUGACAUGCUGCAGACGUCAGUUGUCAGUCCACCAGUGAAACUAAAGAUCAUUGACCCUUUCUUUGAACUACACUUCGUCACGCCAAGUAGUUAUAAUGUUCUUGUAACAUCAGGACAGUCUGCAUUGCUUCAGUGUGUCGCUGCGGAUAUGACUCCACCGUCUAUCAGUUGGGAGAAACGUGUAGGCGAGCUUCCUGCUGGUCGAGUGAAAUUUAUUGGGAGCAAUCUGAAGAUUGAGAAUGUGGUGAGCAGUGAUGAUGGGUACUAUGUCUGCAAUGCUGGGUCUACACAUUCACAGUAUGUCAAAUUGAUUGUGGAUGACGUUCCUGUAAUUGAAGAGUUCAGUCCAUCAUCUGAACAUGCACUUGUUGUUCAGAGGUCAUUCACCGUCAGGUGCACAGCACGUGGUAAACCGCUGCCUCAAAUUCAGUGGGCAUUCAAUGGAGCAGCCAUCAACCAAUCAGAGUUAGCUCAUCUAGGCAUCGUAAAGAGACAAGUGUCCGCAUACGAGUCGAACGUAACAGAAGAAUUAGAUAUCAAGAAUGUGUUGAAGUCACACGAGGGAUACUACCAAUGUUUUGCAUCAAACGUUGUUGGCGAUACAUAUAGAACGAUGUUUCUUCGCGUUGACGUUCCUCCAAGCCUUCUUGUUCCUCCUCAUGAAUCGGUCGAAGUCCUUCAAGAUCAAUCGUUCAGUCUCAUCUGUUCAAUGUCUGGCAGUCCUCCACCGUCUAUAACGUGGACACUUGAUGAUCACGAUAUUACAGCAGACAGUCAUAGAACGAUAAGGAAAACUGAAGCGAGGGACAAGACGGAGGAAAUGUUGUCUGUUGUUCAUGCCGAUCAUGUUGAUUCGGGUGUGUACGUUUGUCGUGGAAAGAAUGUAGCUGGUUCAGCGGCGUCGCUUGGGAGUAAUGUGGCUGUUUAUGUUGGUGCCAAGAUCACCAACAUUUCGAGUGUUAAUGGCAAUCUUCAUCAAACUGUAACACUGGACAUCAAAGUCAUUGGCCUACCAACUCCCACAAUCCGGUGGUACUUCCAUCAGUCACAAGAGCAGAUCACGUUCCACGAUCGUUACGAAGUCUUAGACAGUGGAUCAUUGAGAAUAUCAGAGCUACAGUUUGGUGAUGCCGGACAGUAUGAUGUGGAAGUUGAAAACAUAGUUAACAAGCAAAAACACACGGACAAGAGACAGCUGAUGUUGUCAGUUUCUCCCAUUGUAUCGAAACACGAAGGCAUCGUGACUCAAAGUGUUGGUGAAUCUGCGGUCAUCAACUGUUCUGUUCAAUCGCAUUCAAUUCCGUCGUCUAUUGUCUGGUACAAAGAUGGAACUGAGGUUUUGGCGUCUGAUGGAGAGAGGAUAUCGUUUAAUGUUGUGAGAAAGGAAGAGUCGUAUAGUUUGACAAGUCAGUUGGUGAUUGGAGAACUCAGCGAUGAAGACAGCGGUAACUACAGCUGUGUGACUGAUAUGGAUGGGAGAAAGUUGCUGUUGGAUACAGUGGAGUUGGAAAUUGUUACUCUGGCAACAGCAAGUGCAGUAAAGAAAGGUUUUCCUGACGCCGCCAUUGCUGUCAUUGUUGUGGUGCUGGUCUUGGUUGGUGUCGCUCUUGGUAUUGCUGUAGUGGUAUGGCUAUGGAAAUAUAGAAAAGACACAAGCCUUGAGAAGAGUAUGACAAGUCAAGUUCAACUUGAACGGGUCAUGCGACAUUCAGAUCAGACAAGUCCUGGUUUCUACGCAUCGUCUGGUCCUCAUCCUGCUCUUGAGAUCGAUGUGGACGACACACAAGCAGAUGCAUCUGCUCACCAGGAUGCUCACAGAGACGUCUCGUUUUCUUCAUUUCGUCGAAGACCAGGGCAAGCUGGAGACUCGCCUGAUAGAAGGCAACAACGUGUACAAGGACGUAGGGCUGCUGGGUAUGGGCGGCGGAGUGCAGGAGCAGAGUCGGCCGACUUACCACCGUAUUCUGAAAGAGAUCCACUGAGGCAUACAGAUCAGCCAACGUCAGAGACAACGGAGCCGACAACAACUGCCAUCUCAACUGACGUCGAUGCCUUCUCUGAUCAGAAACGAUUCAGCUAUCGAAGCGCUAGCAGCUGCCACGAACAGGCACCAGCCACAGAAACUACCAAUCAAGAAGCCACAGACAUUAGCACCGUCGUUUGAACCAAAAUUGAAGUUUGGAACUUUGAAUGAGCUUAGUUAUCAUAUUGUGUUGAUUUUAAUGUUUCAAAUUUCUUAGUACUGAUAGUUAGGUACAGUAGCAAUAAUGUAGGACAUACAGCUUUCCGUCUAGAACAGUUACUACAAGAUGUCGUGUGUAGUGCGGAUGUCCAGUUGACACACAUAGAGAUUGAGAACUAUUUUUGAGGUGGGCAAUCUCGCACUAUGAUUAAAAAGAUUAAUAGAAAUACAAUUGAAACAUUUGUUCGAUUAA